GUCGGAUUAGUACAUCUUUGCGAGAUGUCAGGACAGCUUACCUAAAGUACUUCAGUAGCCGCGUGCUGAAGCACUUUUUACCUUUAAGCUUAUUCAUUACGAGGUGGUGCCACAACACCGCAGACUCUCAAACCCAUUGCCCUGUCGCCUACCAUUUACCACCCCUAGGUCUUCGCUUACCGUGCGAAUCAUCAACGAGCGUGUACGAUGUCUGCUCGGACUACGGGGACGCGCAAAGCACACAGCAAGACGAGACUUGGCUGCUCGCAAUGCAAGCGGAGACGAAUCAAAUGCGACGGUGCUCAUCCGACAUGUUUUAACUGUGAGAAGCGAAGAGACCAAUGCAGCUUCGUUUUGCUUGCUCCUUCCACGCGAUUGACAGCCGGGUCGGCGUCUUCCGCAUCCACGAUCACAGCCAUCUCACCCUCAUCAAUACCUUCUCCUUCAUUUUCGACAUCCACCACAACCUCCGGAUCACGCAUAAGGCCAAAAUAUUUAUUACCAAAAAACCACCAUGACGUCGGCGUGCUCGGAAGUACCUACGUGCGCGAUGAUUCUAUAUCCUCGGACGUAUCCUUCAUAACACCCCCUUCUACUCCUCCACCUCUUAUGUCUCUUCCAGACCUCAUCAUACCAACUACAUUUCCAUCAAUAUCACCAUAUCUUCGCUUCAAUGACAUAUGGAGACCGACCCGAGACAUGCUACCGCCAGCUUUGCAAGGGAUUCUCUACCAUUACGAGUAUACCACGAGCCUCACACUCGCAGAUGAAGACCCUGCGAAAGCAGCCUGGCAAAACGUCGUGCCCGACCUCGCAGCAGACCAUAAGUUCCUCGUGAACAACAUACUAGCGGUCGCAUCGCUCCAUCUUGCAAGACUACACGGACGUGGGGACAAAAGGAUAGCGAUGAUAAAUUUGGCUGCUUCACAGAUGAACAAAGCAAUCCAAGGGUUUCGACCUCAACUAGAUAACAUUAACGCGGAAAACGCUGCAGCACUAUUUGCAAGUUCGACACUUACAGCGGUCUACUUUUUCUUUACCGCAACACAGGAGAUGGAAGGCAUAAGAUCAUGCGUGCUGCAGGGAACCAUUGUGCCACCACCAUAUGUGGUGGAUACGAUGCUUGCGGCCACUCUUCGAACGCUAUGGGGACUCCGAGGGCCAUGGUCAGUGCUGAUGCCCGGUUGGGAGCAUGUUAUUAAAGGCAGACUCAGCGUCAUUGCGAAUCGUCAAUGGUGGCCCAAAGACAGACGACCAAAGUCAGACAUGGCGCUGGAGGAGGACAGCCGCCUCGCUGAGAUAGAACAGCUGUGGAAAGGUCCGAACCAAUCAACUGAUGCCGACACAUUAUCCUCAGCAUUAUUCUACCUGAGAGAAACAUACUCGCUAGUCUCACAUCUAGUUGUUGCAGAGAAUGAGUAUCCGUUCCUAACAUCCGUGGACUACGCCUAUGGCGACAAGGGCGGUCAGAUUGUGCAGAUGAAGGACCGCGGGGCGAUCUUUGUGUGGGCGACGCGCAUUUCGAGAGAAUUCAUGAAACUGCUGGAGCAGAAGAACAAGUAUGCUUUGGUCAUUCUGGCUCACUACGCUGUCCUUGCUGGCAGAGUGCGAAACGUAUGGUGGCUGGAGGGUAUGGGUGCCAACUUCAUCGUCACCGUAGCGAUGGCAUUAGGCAGAGAAAACUGGCAUCUCAUCGACUGGCCAGUGCAAGCUGUGGGUGUCGACCUGGAGAACGCGUUCACGGCGCAACUUGACCUUCUUGAGGGUGCAGCGGGCGAAAUGGCGAUGGAGGUUGUAUGACGCCCAGGUAUGGAAUAGAUAUUAAGUCCGUGAAAGGGUCAGACUCA